UUCAACCUGUACAAUCCGUCGAUAAAACAAUAUAAAAACAGCCAGAUGUGCAAUCAUUUUGUUGCGGAGUGGACCAUCAGUGUACGCUUUCGGGUGUUCCCACAUCUCAACAAAGAGCAGCCAAUCAAAUGAAGAGGAUGAUGGCCUGAUUGUUGCGUUGGAGUUCGAACUUUGUCCUGGGCGAGCAGAAUGACAAAGAUAGAGUGAGGAUUAACAGAUAUUUUGGUUAAGUCCCAUUUUUUGGCAUUUUUUUCAAGGAUAUAGACUGCGUUAGCCCUGGGUAACAGUAAUGGAGCACUAUUCAGACCAGGUUGGUGAAGGGAUAGAAUUACUCGAUUUGCUCUUUGAUAAGAAUGAUGGCAUCUUACGGCAUGAGACUAUGGGACCACAAAUCGAUCAGCUUUGGCCAGUCCAAGCCCCUCAUAUGAUGAUGCCCGCUCAGGGUAAUGAGGACUUCUUCAGCGCACUUUUAGAUGGGUACGACUCUGUUUCUGGAUCUCCAGUUUGGUCGCCCUCUCCUAGCGACAGCGGAACCAGCGAAGAUCCUCAUUCGGAUCACAUCGAGAGUCCGCCGCCAACCGCAAGCCCUCUUUUGAAUCCUCGCAUUGUCGUAUCCCAGGCCCAACACAAUCUCGACACCAACUUUCCUUUUAAUUUCAAUGGCUGGGAGACUGGCUUCUUCCCAGACAGGGCCGGAGGGAUGCAGCGUGCAUCUGAAACACCACAGGCUCAACCGAACACUGGAUUCCCUCGAACUAUCAAGGACCUGCUGCUAUCUGGCACACCAGAACCCGCCACAAAGGUGUCCCAGCAGUCCUACCGGGAGCUGAUUCUCACAGAGAAUGAGAAACGAUUACUUGCCAAGGAAGGACUGACUCUGCCAAAUCAGUUCCCGCUUACCAAGUACGAGGAAAGGAUUCUGAAGAAAAUCCGCCGAAAGAUCCGCAACAAGCAGUCGGCCCAAGAGAGCAGGAAGAAGAAGAAAGAAUACAUCGAUGGCCUGGAGAGCAGGAUGGCAGCAUGCAGCGCACACAGCCAGGAGCUGCAGAGGAAAGUCUUCCAGCUGGAGAAAUGCAACAUCUCCCUGAUGGAACAGCUGCGUCGGCUGCAGGCGAUGGUCAUGAAUGGAUCCAACAAAACGGCCCAGACUGGGACCUGCAUUCUGGUGCUGCUUCUGUCUUUCACCUUGAUUCUGCUGCCCAAUCUGAAGCCCUUCACAGAUACCAAGGUCAGCCAACAUGGAGACUUCAGUCCAUUGAGAGUUCAGUCACGGUCACUGCACAACCUUCAGUCUUCCCGCGUGCUGCGCGCCCUGGAGCAUCCGUUCUCCGUGUCUGAGGACUCCAAAAUGUUCCCGCGCUUCUCUGAGGAUAAACGUAUGGCGGAGAUAGCGUCACUGCUGGGAAAACUUCACAGGAGACAAGAAUCCAUCAAUUACGAUUCUGAAUCUCACAACCACAGUUUAGACCAGCGUGACGACCAUCACCAUGGAGACCCCAUCACUGGGCAUGUAGCGACAGUGACCUUGAAUCCGGGACGCGGCUCGCGGCGGAGUCCUCACGCUGAUGACAUGUGAAGGGCAGAAGGGGAUUUACCCGGGGAUUUGUCAAAACUACUUUAACAGCGCUUUUGAAGACGGGAGCCAGCCAACAGAUUGCUGGAAGCUCGUUUUUCUACUUUCUGCUGAAGUCAUUUUAAAAGACACAGUAUACAUAGCUGCUUAUUUAUAUAUUAUCAAACUAUGGAUAAAAUAACAAGUCCAAUUUUAUCUGUUGAUUUGGAAUGAUGGAAAUGCAUUCGCUCGUGUUUUAAGCUUGCCAGAAGCUGAAAGAAGAAAAGCAAUUUUGACUUUUCGUUAAAAUGCAGUGGGGUCCAAACAAAAAUGUGCACGUGUUUUAAAACAAGGCACAGUCUCGUAUUCUUUGCGAGAAUAACUGACAGACUGAUUGUAAAUUAUCUUGCUUGUUUAUUUAAUCCACACGCUAAAUAAACAUGGCAUAUUAAUAUGGAA